AUGGCCAGAACGAAACAGACGACCAAAAGGUCUAGGAGCCGGCGCACUAUAUCAGUGCCAGCCGAUGAGGUUGUCCCAGACGGAGAACAGAGGGAUUUGGAUGAGAGUAGGUCUGAUGAAGAGGCUCCCUCUACUUCCGGGAGCUCAGGGGUAGGAGAGGUAGGCGGUGAGGGAGCCGCCUCCUCCAAUGAAGCCAGCGAUGCUGAGGCCGGCGAAGGGUCAAGGGCCGAAUCUUCCGGCUCUGACCAAGAUAAUUUUGCGGAUGACUAUCAACAGCCGCCUAAGGUCGUCGACAACCCCAACCCUAAACGGACUAGGAUGCUGCCGGCCGACGCCUUGAAGAUGGUCGAUCCGGCAAAGACACCGACUAAGUCGGCGGCGCUGCUGCGCAAAGAGGCUGCACUUGCCAAGAAAGCAGCCGUCGAUGCAAAAGAGUCUAAGAAAGGGGGGGACUCUGCAAAGCGAAUACCACGAUCCUUCUCCAAGCUUCUCAAAAGGCAAGGAGAAGAUCUGGAGAAAGCUCCGGCUGCGAAGGCCGCCAGAAAGGACCCCUCUCCCCAGACACAUUCUGCUGCCAAAUCCGAUCGUCCAACGACCGGAGGCAAAUCUCCUGCUGCGAUGAAGAUUUUGAGCGAAAGCUUAGAACGCUCACAGCAGAAAGCGUUGGAUUCCUCUACGACAUCGAAGGGUGGCGAGCCACCUAAUGUUGCAGCCGGUGCGACAACAACUGGGGAGGAGCAGAAGCCUGCGCCCCAUCCGGAUACCCAAGAAGAAGCUCUAAAAAUGUUGCAGUUAGAGAAAACUCCUAAACGGUCUUCUGCAACCAUCCGCAAAGAUCUUGCGGAGAAAGUUGCGGCUGAGCUCAGGGCCAAGGGAGGAGAGGUUGGAAAGUCGUUUGAGAAGCAACUCAAACGGGCUAGGGAGGAGAACCCUGCCGUUCUCAACAAAAUCAAAAAAUCCACCUCUGCAUCAACUCCUGGUGCCUCAGCCGGGCCUAAGACGAUGCGGAUAUCGGGGCGACUCAAGAAGACCAAGGUUGAGAGGUUGGAGAAGGAUGCUGCUCAAGCUCAGAAAAACUUUGCAGCAACCCUGGAGGCGGAACAAAACCGCCUUGUUGCUGAGAGUGAUGCUGACAACAACGCCUGUAUGAAGAUUGUGUGGGCCGUCUUGUACCCAGACGCUGAUUAUAGCAUCUGGGCACUGGCGCACAGCUAUGCCGAGUACGUGGUGUACUUGAGAGAAGAAGGCGAGUCAGAGCCUGCCUCUUUCGAAGCCUGGGUCAGCUCCAACAAUGAAACGUCCGCGCCUGAUCUUCCUGGUCCUGGUGAAGCACAAGAGAUACCCUCAGAUGGUGAAGAGGAGGGGGAGGACCAGGAGGCUCCGUCUGCAGGCCAGAAGUGA